GGCUGCUUCCGGUGGGCACCCGGAAGCUCAGCCGCAGAGGCAGCGUUUGUGUCUCAGGCUCUCCUUCCUCCCUUCUUCCUCCUUUCUGUGGAGGGCAGUUGAGGGCCUUGGCCGGGCCCCGCUCUCUCCUGAGUGAUGCAUCCUCGGCGCCCCGAGGGCUUCGACGGCCUGGGCUUCCGGGGCGGGCGGGAGGAGCCGGGCCUGGGCCACUGGGUCAGCACCCCGCCCGACAUCCCCGGCAGCCGCAACCUCCACUGGGGCGAGAAGACCCCGCAGCUUGUGGCCGGGACCCCGCUGGGCGCCUCCGGGUUCGGCGAGGACCCCUCUGGCGGAGGGCACGGCGCCAGUUCCGAACAGUUGAAUCGGUUUGCAGGCUUUGGAAUUGGUCUGGCAAGUUUGUUUACAGAGAAUGUGUUGGCUCAUCCUUGCAUCGUUCUGCGUCGGCAGUGUCAGGUGAAUUAUCAUGCCAAGAAUUAUCAUCUCACACCAUUUACAAUCAUCAAUAUUAUGUAUAGCAUCAAUAAGACCCAGGGACCCAGAGCUCUUUGGAAAGGAAUGGGAAGUACAUUCAUUGUUCAGGGCAUAACUCUUGGAGCAGAAGGCAUCAUCAGUGAAUUCACCCCUUUGCCAAGAGAGCUCUCAUAUAAAUGGAGUCCCAAGCAAAUUGGAGAACAUCUUGUCCUGAAAGGGUUGUCUUACAUGAUUGCAAUGCCUUUUUAUUCAGCAAGUCUGAUUGAAACUGUGCAAAGUGAAAUCAUUCGGGAUAAUACUGGCAUUUUGGAUUGCCUGAAAGAGGGCAUCGGCAGGGCACUGGGCUUUGGGGUGCCCCAUAGCAAGCGACUACUCCCUCUCCUGGCAUUGACCUUUCCAACAGUUCUGCAUGGCGUGCUGCAUUAUAUUAUUAGUUCUGCUGUACAGAAGUUAGUCCUCUUUUUUCUCAAGAAGGAGAAUUCCCACAACCUGGCAACAGACAACUCCAGUUCAGUCCAAAGUAUGUUGGAUGCUUACUUUCCAGAACUUAUUGCUAGCUUUGCUGCCAGCCUUUGUGCCGAUGUCAUUCUCUACCCGUUGGAGACAGUCUUGCACCGCCUCCACAUUCAAGGGACACGCACCAUCAUUGACAAUACGGACCUUGGGUAUGAAGUUCUUCCCAUCAAUACUCAGUACGAAGGAAUGAGAGACUGUAUCAAUACCAUAAAGCGGGAAGAAGGAGUAUUGGGAUUUUAUAAAGGGUUUGGGGCUGUAGUUGUACAGUACACAUUACACGUUGCUAUACUGCAGUUCACUAAAAUUCUUUAUUCCACACUGCUUCAGAACGUUUCUUAAAAAACUAGUGAAUGUGGCCAUCUAACAGGCCAUACAUUCAGAAGAGGGGUAAGCAAGUAAACUAAAAAAAUUAGGAUCCAUUGUGAUGGUUUUUCUUUUUACUGCUUAGAAUGUUCCUUUGUAAAUACAGAUGUAUGUUCUUUAAUGUAAUGUACACAAAACUUGAUCAAGGGGGAAAUAAAAACAUGAAAGCCAAAACAGGGCUUUUACUAAGAAUGUAAAUAAACUAUUUGAAAAUAUACUGCUGUGUAGAGGGUAUGAUUUUCAGACUGUUGAUGGAGCUUAGACACAAUCCUGUUGGCAAUUUCUAGUUCAUGAAUUCUGUCUGAAAUUAAUGGUAGCUGUGCUCUUGUCUAUAACACCUCUUGGAGACUUGCACUUUAAGGAUUGUGCCUUUGUUUCUGUCUGUAGUUUGAAAUGGGAAUUAAUUGGGAUGUAUUGGAAGGCUCACAAAAUCCAAUGAACUUUGACAAUUCUGUUUUACCUGUAAUUGCUAUAAGGAUUAAAAUCCUCAUAUUUUUCAAGAUCAUUGCUUUGGUUAAGAGUUUGAAUGUAAGAGACAAAAGGCCUUUCUGGCCUUAGUUUCCCAAACUUGAAACUACGUGUUUGACACAAACUGGAAACUACAUGUUUGACUUGGAUUUGUCAUCUUUCUGUCAAAAGAUAAUAUGAUGCAACAACAACAAAUCUAAAGAAAGAUCCUGAGAUUGAAGUUGUACUACUUGAUUACCUAAAUCUAGAAUACCAGCAAAUAUGAGACUUCAAGACAGAAAUACAUAUGGUACAGUUGACUACUAUUUCAGAACAGUCGCCAGAAGAAUACUUAGAAGUUAAGGUCUUCUGAACAAAUACCACCUAAAUGAGGUAUCUUGUAUUUCCACAAAAUGCCUUAUGGAUUUUUGUGCAAAAGUCCUCUAAUCAUGUCUCUGAAUUGUUUUCAAAAGAAUUGCUCCACAUGACUUUUAAUGUUUCAGAUCUCAUAAAAAUCUAGCUUAAUCUGUGGUCUUUAUAUUUUCUAGCACAGCAGUCUGAAUUGUCCUCAAUUGUGGUUUUAGGCAUGUAAACCAUGCUGAACUGUUCUUUUGGAAUAGUUGCUCAUCACUAUAAGACGAAACACUGAAUUUGAAUAUGCAAUUUUAUUUCCUUCCCCAAAUGUCAAGAUUUGGCUUUGUAAAAACUAAAUCCAAAAAUUAAAUGUUUUAUUUUUGCUCUAUUUCCAGGCUUGAUCUAAUGAAGGUGUAUAGAAAGAUUAUUUUUAGCAAUGGAAUCGCAUGCUAAAGAAAAACAUUCGAAAAGGUCUUGUUUCUCUCAUAGAUUAAUGUGUGUUGUAAGAGACUUGGUAUAUAUGUUUGAAUCUAGUAAAUUAAUGUUCAAAUUCAGGCUUUGCGUUAUAUACGUAUUUAUUUACUAGGCGCAGUUAUUAAGAGCCCAGUGAACAAUUCUGACACAAAGAAUGACCUAUGAAACAAUUCUGACACACAAAGAAUGACCUGUGAAACUGUGUACAUGAAUCUAUUGGAUUUUAUGACUAAGGAUACAAGAGGGCUUUAGUUGUGAUAAAUCUGGAAUACUUUUAAGUACUUUCGAAUAAAUUUGGGACAGGUUUUAGCUUUUUAGCA